ACAGUCAUUCAUUGCGCCUCUUCUCUUCUCAUAUUCCAUUGCUUUAAAUAAGCAUACUUCCCCUUCUCUAUCUUUAAACGCCCUCCCUCUCUCAGUCUCUCUCCACAAGUUCAUCUCCAGCUAUUUUCAGCUCAUGCUUUAUAUGAAAAAAAAAAUGCGCACGGAGUGUGGUGGUGGAAUCCGCCACGGCAGCCCCCGUUAAAGGUGGCCGAGCUGUCGAGCACCGGCUAUAAAAAGAAACAUAUCCCAGCGCAGUGCCUGGGCAUAUAGCUGUUGGCGUUGCCCCCUCAUAGAUCAAGUAGGAAGGUAUAAGGUCUAUUUUCGGAUCCUGGGAAAAUAUAAUCGAAUGCAAAGCUGGCUGAACUGACGGAUCUGCAGUGAUUUUGUGCCUGCCGAUCUUACCCGUUUUCGAUGGUGGUGUGAGAAGUGUUACUUUCUAUUUGUCGAACUAUCGCUAUAUAUACAUAUAUAUAUAUGUUUUUCUUCGCUGCAUGAAGCCCCCUUUCUCAUACAAUAACAAACGGCACACUGCACGGGCGAUCCGCCACAGUCGAUUUCUAGAAUCGGGAUAAUAACCUAUCAGAACCCCGGGCAAGAACCAUGGUAUGAGCCUUCUUUGAUGCCCCUCAUCAAUGAUGCAAGAGUUUAAAGGUAUUGGCUCCUGACGUUUGCCGUUCCAUGGUUCGGCUUUUCUCACCGUCCUUUCGACCGAGGUUUUACUAAGGCUCCGUUUUCCUAUGGCACGGAAUCAACUACAUAACUGGACAUAGCAAGAAUGAAUACAUCGAUGCUAUAGAAAGUGACAGAUAGCCAAGCAAGGCUGAGCAAUUCAUAAUUUAGAUUGAAGGAGACAUAAUGGAAGAGAUACGAGGGCCUGUAAAAUCCACUGUGAACCUUUCUGGAAUCAGUGCGAUGUCAUGACAUAUGCUGUCGAAAGAUCACUCGAGGUUUUUGGGGUAUCGUACACGAAUCACGUUGCGGCAGGACUUGCAUCGCAGCCAAAGACAAGACAUUCUUGAAGAUACUGACAUUACCAAGGUCAGGGAACGAUAGCCUUUCGUCAUGCCCGUGUCGACGAACUACCGUUUGAUCACGCCUAGCACGACGGACGAAAACCUGCCGAGGAUGGCCGACCCUCACUCGGCGGGGGAGGGCACGUGCGAAACCCUUCGCGCCCGGGAACGCAGCAAGCAGAUUGACCGCUAUCUUAGGAGGGAGAACACCCGCUUCAAGCAUUACAUGAGAAAAACUAUGAGGCUCCUGUUAGUAGGUGCCGGUGAAUCUGGUAAAAGCACUAUUGUCAAACAGAUGAAGAUUCUUCAUAAAGGAGGAUAUAACGAAAGUGAAAGACGGGAAUUCAUCCAAAUCAUCUUGGAAAAUGUUCGAGAAUCUAUUAUGAGCUUGGUAAAAGCCAUGCCCCGUCUCCAACCGCCUGUCGAGGUAAAAGACCCGGAAGUAAUACCGUCGUUUGAGUUCAUCCGGUCAUGUGACCCACAGUGUGAAGUGUCGUCCGAGUUCCUUAGAAAUACACAAAGGUUAUGGAAAGAUGAUGGGCUACAGGAUUGCUUAUCGAGGGCUAACGAGUUCCAACUCUUAGACAGUGCCAAUUAUUUUCUGGACAAAAUUGAAGAAAUCAUGGAACCCGAUUUCAUCCCCUCAGACCAGGACAUUGUAAGAACAAGGAAGAUGACAACGGGAGUGGUAGAAACGUGGUUUGACAUCAAUAACGUCACAUUUCACAUGUUAGAUGUAGGCGGACAGAGAGACGAGCGGAAAAAGUGGAUUCAAUGUUUUUCAGAUAUAACUGCCUUAAUCUUCGUGGUUGCCUGUAGUGGGUUUGAUCUCUCACUUCGAGAAGACGACUCCAAGAACAGACUAGCAGAAUCUCUUUCCCUCUACGAAAGAUUAUGGAAGAACAGAUUUUUGAAAGAAACAUCUGUCAUCGUCUUUCUAAAUAAACAAGAUAUCUUAGCAGAUAAGAUCAGGAGUGGAAGAACGAAAAUGAGUUACUACUUUCCCGAAUAUGACGAAUAUACACCACCACCCACGAUCGAGCCCGCAGAAGAGCAGUGUUGCUGUUUUGUGACGCAAUCCAUGCAGGAGAGACAGAGGAGAAAAGAAUCGGCUUUUCCGGAACUAGGCAUGAUUCAAAGUCGUGAGUUCUUCAAAGCCAAAAGCUUUAUUAAAGAUAAAUUCACAGAAUUAAGUACGGUUCAAAACACUGCAAUCAAGUUCCGGAAGUGCUGUUAUCCCCACUACACAUGCGCAGUGGAUACCGAGAAUAUCAAGAAAGUCUUCCAUUACUGCGAGGACAUUAUCCAAAGAGAAAAUCUCAAGAAAUAUGAAUUGCUUUAGCAUCAUAUCAAUUGGUGGACAUGGACUGGGCACGGUACGUGGCUCAGUGGGAGAGCGUACACCUCAUGAACGGUAGGUCGUGGGUUCAAAUCCCAGGCCGAGUCAUACCAAAGACUUUUAAAAAUAGGACCUUCUGCAUUCAUGUCAGGCGUAUGGGAACGGAGAAGGGUUAUAAUAACAUAAUGAACGGUAGGUCGUGGGUUCAAAUCCCAGGCCGAGUCAUACCAAAGACUUUUAAAGAUAGGACCUUCUGCAUUCAUGUCAGGCGUACGUAUGGGAACGGAGAAGGGUUAUAAUAACAUUUAUGUUAUGCAGCGCCUGCUGGGAACUGUUCAUUAGAGUAUUGAUUGUUAAAAUAAAUAAGAAUAAUAAAUCAGUUUCGAUGAUGCAAUCACAUCAUCUACACCUGUACCAGGGUCCCGUUGUUUAAAAGCUAGGAGCGAGUUUUUUUGCAAUUGCAAAAGGGACGGAUUCUAAAACAUAGUAAAUCUAUUGAAAAUGCCCGUCAAAUCACAAUGAACAGGUCGAGGUCUUUGUCGAAAUGUGGUGGAAACGGGACAGCUGAUCGUCGUAAAAUUCUAAGCUGCGGAAAAUUGCAAAUAUGUCGUUUUGUCGAGGGUCACGGACGACACUGUUAUUUUAAUGCACCGAUUUUCGACAAAGUCUACUUUUCAUAUAGGACUUUUGACAAUAGAUUAUCUAAGUUCCACUAAGCGUCUGUGAAGUGGUUGCGAAAACUCUUUAUCAUCAUAGUACCUUUGCCAUGCAAUAGUUUAACUGCUAUGAUUACAAUGCAAACAGCCAAUAAGAAUCCAGGAUUUCCAGGACGAUGGUACCACGAUACUCUUUGGAUGGCAAUGUUUCCACGAUAGUAAUGCAACUGCCCCAUGGUCGAACAAAACGAUUGUGAUAUAUCGAAUGACGCAUUACUUCUCUGUUUAACGUUGUUUCAUCGCCGUGUCUGCGGUAUACAGCGGACAGACAACCAGCUUUGACGGCAAAAGAACGAUUCGCAGAACCAGCAACGCCUCGUUGUGCUUCAUUGGCAAGAGUUUGCUGAACGUUAAACGCAGAAAGUAAUAUCUACUAUUUUGUCGAUUUUCGAGGACAUGAAACUGCAUUGGCAUGAAAACAGUCAACUCAAGAGACAAAUUAAUUUCGAUUUUGGAGACACCAAGAACAUCCAACAUCUACC